UCUCCACAGGAGCUGAAGCGGCACAACGCGCAGGCGGUGGUGCGAGUCUGCGAACCCAGCUAUAAGACGGACCUGCUGGAGAAGGAGGGCAUCACCGUCACCGAUCUCGAGUUCGACGACGGCUCCUUCCCGCCCGCGGAGGUUGUGACCGAAUGGCUCGACAUCGUGCGACGCCAGGCCCGGGCUGACCCCACCUCGUGCGUGGCGGUACACUGCGUGGCCGGCCUGGGACGGGCGCCCGUGCUGGUGGCGCUGGCACUCAUGGAGCUCGGACUCAAGUAUGAGGACGCUGUGGAGCUCAUUCGAGAGAAGCGCAGAGGAGCCAUCAAUGCGAAGCAGCUGCAGUUUUUGGAGAAGUACAAGCCGAGGUCGCGCCUGAGGAAGAACGGCGCCAAGGCAGGCUGCUCAAUUCAAUAAAGAUGUCGCCCCCAGUCCGCCGAUAGAGGACGCGCUGCUCUAACUUGCUAGGGAUGCUGGACAAUGGACAUAUCAUGGUCCAAAUUAGUUUUUUUUUCUCAAACGCGAGCCUGACAUGAUUCCACCCUUAUUUGUGGAGCUGUUUUACCACUCUUGGUACUAUGUUGUGCGAACAUUUGACUUGUCAUCUUUUUUCAAAGUCGAAAAUGAAAUGAGGAGGGGACAUAAAGACAUUAGGCUUGGGCUGAAGGAGGCUGAACCCACCCAAACCGCAUGCUACCAGCGGCCAUCGAAACGAUGAUAUUGAACAAAUGCAACGACUUUGGGUGAACGGAUGCCUCCCUGGUCUGGUGCAAUGGUCACCCUGGGUCACUGACCAGUGACUACGUCUCCUGCGGUCGACCGACCCCCUGCGGUCGCUCGAGCUCCGAUACGGUAGGUGCAUGUCUCGGUUCAACUCUCCCGUCAUUUGGCGUGGAUCGAGUUAUAGAUGGCUAGUUGUCACUGUGAUGGCGACUUCCAGAGCAGGUCGUGAGAUGUCUCCGAAUGCUUCUAUUCCGGGAAUGAACUGUUUUCGCUUGGAGAAUGAAUCACGGGUGUUUGUAAUAUAGCCAUGUUAAAAAUAAACGUAUCAGUGACGA